AUGAAUAGUUCAUCUCCGGCUCAUUCAUCGAUUUCCACCACGGCGGUCGUCGGCGGCGGUGUUGGAGGUAUUAGCAACGCCGCCGUUUCCGUUGAUGAUUUUCAUUUUCCUUAUGAUCACAUCUCAACGGAAGAACGUAAAGAUGAGGCCAUGCUAGUGCUAAAAUCGGAUCUUAUGGCUGCCCUUGACAAGGAGGUUAAAUCCUUGGAUGAAGAUAACUGGAAGUUUGAAGGACCUCGUUCUCGAAUCCACCGUGUGUCACGUGGAGGCGGGGGUCAUCUCCAUAGGCCCACAGAACUUUCAAAGAAUUGGAGUUUAGCCCCACCGAAAUAG